AUGGAAGUCUCCACUUGUGAUAAGCACAAGAACAUUGAAGAGUUAGUCUCGCAGCUAAUGACUGCAAACUGGGAGAAAGAUACCGCAAAGCACGAGUUGCAACGCAGAGAACAAAAGUUGCAAGAAGCUUCCAAGACAAUUGACUUGCUAAAGAAGCUUGUGAUGUUACUUGACAUGGAGAAAGAAGUAGCUCUAGAGGAAACAGCAAAUCUCGGAUACAAACUCACUUCUCUCCUGGAAGAGCUCGCCACUGAAGCGCUGUUUAUGAAAAAGGAAGCAGUUAGGCUAGCUAGAUGCGUGCUUAAGAUGAGGGAUGAACAUUUUCACAAGGUGUGUCAUCUCCAGAACCAAAUCUACACGUUGCAGUCAUCGAGAGAGUCUGUCUACGAAAAUGUAUCCUCGCCGAGCUGCUUUGGAUUGGAUAAUAGUAAGAACAAGAGCAAGAAGAGAAAAAUGAGUGAAACAAGAAGUGAACAUGGAGAGAAAAAGAGAUACAAGUGGCUAAAGAGACUCAAUACCAUCAAUCCCUUUCCCAAAUGUAGCAUUACCCGCCUAUCGUCUUCUCCGCUCCAUCAUGCUGCACUCUAAAUUAGUUACUACUUUUUACAUUGUGAUUCUAAUAAUUCAUUAGGAUGGAAAAUAAUGCAUGUGUGUGUUCUCUUUGCCUUGUUAGACAUAACAACAUUUAACAUCAAAAUAUGCAAAACUAUAUGAAGUACACCAAAUAUAAAAAAAUGGUUCAAUAAGAGUAAAGACUAAACCCUAUGAUUCACCACUCAUCUGACCACAAUGGAGACAUUGUUGUUGUGAGAAAGUGCUGGAACCUCGAGGUCUUUAAACUUAAACCAAAGUAGGAUCAUCGUGUCUAAUGUCUUUGUGUUUUUAAGCACGAGUUCCAUGAAUGAAACCAUAUGCUUUGACUCUACAUCCAAACGGGACGUGUUCCAAUCGACCCCAUCUUUUGAUCUCCAGCAUUGAUCCGGAUUCAAGCCUUCUUGCUCCAAGUAGUUGUCAAGAUCCUCCU